AUGGAAGAACUGGGAUUGCUGUCUACUCGUUUCUCACGCUGUCUAUCUCUUGAUGGUUGGGAAUUGCCACGUGAUAAUGUGGUAUUAAACAGAAAGCUUGGUGCAGGGGCAUUUGGGACUGUCUUUGGUGGUGAAGCAUUUUUAGAUGAUCAAGGUUGGCAGGCAGUUGCAGUAAAAACCCUUAAAGUAGGAUCAACAAUAGAACAAAAGCUGGAUUUUCUUAGCGAGGCAGAAAUGAUGAAACGUUUUAAUCACCCAAACAUUGUACAACUUUUGGGUGUUUGCACUCAAGGCGAGCCAAUUUAUACCAUUAUGGAGUUUAUGUUACAUGUUUUUGAUUCAAUUAUUUCUCCUUUGAUUUUUUUUUUAAAUAUUUCUCUUUUUUUACUUUUGAGCUUUUCUUUGCUUAUUCUUCAUCUAUUUUACAUCUUUCAUUCUUUUGAAAUAUUUCACUUCUUUUUUCUUUCUUUUUUAUUUUUCAUUCUUUCUUUGCUUAUUCUUCAUUUAUUUUACGUCUCUCAUUCUUAUUUUUAA